AAUUACUAUAAUUGUGGGGUUUGGUGACAUUCGUGAUGUUUGGUGGGCCAACAAUUUUUCAUACACUCCCCUAUCCAUCUCUUCAAUUUUUCAUUACAAAAAGAUGGCGGCGAGACAGAGUGGUGAAGAGAUGAUGAUUGGUUUCGAAGAAAUUACUAUAUAUGUUUUUUCUUUUUUAAUUAAACAAAUACUACUUUUCAAUUUUAGUGCUAUUGGACAAAUAUAGAAAUAGAACAUAGGACUCAAUACUGCUACUUCCUGGAACACCACCUCAUCCCAUUAUUCCUCCAUUCACACAUGAAGCUACAACUACCGUGCCAACAACUCCAAUCAACAAAGGAAAGAUUGUUAAAAAAUGUAUGUUGUACAUAGAAUGUUUGCUUAUGUUAAAUGAUAUUUUUAGAGGACUUUCAUUUUUAAUUGUUCAAAGUCAUCAAUAUUAAUUAUUUAUGUAUACUACUCCCUCCUUUUCAAAACGAGUAUAUCAACAGGUUUUGAUUACUUGUAUUUAACAGACACUAGAGUUCUCUAUUCAUAGUGUUUUUGAAGCAGAAACAUUUCUUCUUUCUUCUCUUUUCGUUGCAAAAUCGACACAUACUCUCUGCAAUGGCGAAUACGUUUCUAUCAAAGCUACAAAACCUAUGGCCAUUCUCUGCACUCCAUUUCGACGAACUCAAACCAUCAAAACAACUAGUAAACAAACUCAACAUCCCUGAUCACACCAAGCAGUUUGUAUUUGCAGUACGUGAUCCCGAAACACAGUCCCUAGUUUACAUUCUCUCUUCUUUCACCCUAUCAGAACAAUCAUGUUCCGAUGCGCGUGAACUCAUCAAUGAAGUUAAACCUGAUGCUGUUAUUGUUCAAGCUGAUUGGUUUUCAACUUUUGAUGAUGAUGAUGAAGAGGAUGAAGAUGAGGUACCUACUUCUUUUUUUGGUGUUAUCAAAAGGUGUUUCGUUGAUAAAAUUGGUAGAGAUGAGUAUGAGAAUGUUGCUGGUGAUUUUGUUCUUAGGGAGAUUUUUGGUACUGGCUAUAAUGGUCAUAUUUUGGCUGCCAAAAAGGCUGCCAAAGAUGUUGGUUCGGAGUUUAUUGUUCUUCUAUCACCUUUAGAAACUUUUUGUGAUAAUAGUAAUGAUGAUAAUGAUAGUAAUGAUGAUAACGAUAAUAAUGAUUCUGGUUUAAUCAUUGAUGCUGUACACCGUUUUAGAGAUUUUGUGACCGGGUAUAUGGAUCCACUUUUGAUUGGUAAUAGUGAAAAUGAGUCUGUUUCGGAGGCGGGUUCGGUUGAAAUUCAGCCAACAACUAGUUAUGAUGCUCCUGCAUUUGCACAGUCUAUAUAUCCUUUGCUUGAGCAAUUGCAUGAAAUAUUUUCGUAUUUACCGUCGAUGGGGAAUGCGUUAGCACAUUCGCAGAAGAUGUUGAUGGAUGUGAAUAGAGGGGAGGUUCUUGAUGCUAAGACUGUUUCUGAGGUUCAUACUUUCCGAUUUGCCGUUGAGGGACUUCGAAUAGCUUUACAUGAUGAGGGGAUGCAGCCUGUUGGCGAGAAAGGCAUUUCCAAGUCGAAUAAGAUUGAGUUCUCAGAGCUUCCAGAUGAUGUCAAGUCACAAGUGAAGUUUACACAGGCCAUUCGUAGCCAGACUGAUAAGUUUAAAACCAUUGUGGCAGUGGUUGAUGCUAGUGUCUUAGCAGAUAUCAGGAAACACUGGGAUACUCCGCUUCCUGGUGAGGUUAAAGAGGUUCUUGGAGAAUUAAUGACAUAUUCUGAAGGUAAGGGGGCUAGUUUAAAUCAUGGUGACAGCAAGCGGUUGUUUACGGAUAGUCCUGUGGUGGCAGUUGGGGCUGGAGCAACAGCAGUUUUAGGAGCUUCGUCUCUGACCAAAUUAGUCCCUAUGUCGACACUGACAAAGGCUGUUACCUUCAAUACUCCAGCUUCUCUCAAGAUUGUAUUCAGCCAGAUGCAGAAACUACUCUCUGUUGCCCUUGGUUCAUCUAAAGUUAUGGCUCCUGGAUUUGCAACUUCUGGAGCCAAAACAUCGGUUUUCAUGAAGACAGCUGUAUCUGCUGAAAAGAUUAGAGCCGUUACUCAGGUUGCUAUAGCCUCUGCUGAAAAAACCAGUUUUUCAACUCUGAGGUUAGCAUUCUAUGAUAUAAUGAGGAAGCGAAAGAUUCAGCGUGUUGGCUUCUUGCCUUGGGCAUCAUUUGCAGGCAGCAUUGCAACUUGCACAGGCUUGAUUUUGUAUGAAGAUGGGAUUGAGUGCGCUAUUCAAUCUCUCCCUGCCGCCCCCUCAAUUGCCAGUUUGGGUCGUGGAAUUCAAAAUCUACGCGAGGCAUCUAAGGCAGUAAUGCAAACAGAAGGAACCAGAAUCCAAAAAUCGAUAGAAUCUUUUGUAAACAGUAUAAGAACAGCAGGGGAUCAAUAGAGAAACAAUAAUUCUUUUUUAUGUACACUUGUUGGUGAUUUUCUGUUGUAGAUCUGGUAGAAUUUUACAGUGGACAUGCUUAGAAAAGUGAAUAUUUUUUAUCCUUCCGAUCUUUGGUGUUAAUGAAAUUUUUUAGAGCAUCUUUGGUUCAUAUUAACCCUUGAUGAAA